UCGACAACAGCACGUGCAUAGGUUACUUGCCACUAGCGACGAUUACCAUAACCGGAUAUAAAUCAUCAUAUCAACACGAAAAUGAGGUGGCUCCUGUGUACUGUAGUGCUAUGUGCCAUAUAUGGGGAGAUUGGUUGCCCCCCAGUGCAGCCUGAUAUUAAACCAGUGGAGGGAAUGUCACCAGAUGAUGAGACACCUGAAGAUCCGGCGUUUGGGCUGGAGUAUGAGAGGUAUCUACGUGAGGUAGUCAUGGCUCUUGAAGAAGAUGAUGAGUUCAGGAAAAAGCUGGAAACCAUGAAUAUGACAGAUAUCAAGAAUGGCAAAAUUGCCAUGCAUUUAGAACUUGUAUCACAUCAAAUCCGUGAAAAGUUAGACGAGCUUAAACGCCAGGAAAUGGACCGUCUGCGCCAAUUAGCUCGAGAAAAAAUGAAACAGAUGAAUGGUAUGGAGGUUUUAGAGUCUGUAAUGUCCGGAGCAGGCGGACCAGGCUUGCAGGAAAGUGACCUUCAUCAUGUUGAUGUGAAGAACCCGCAUUCAUUUGAAACUGCAGACUUGGAAAAACUCAUAAAGAAGGCAACCAGCGAUCUUGACGAGAUUGACAAGAAGCGACGUGGGGAGUUCAAGCAGUACGAGAUGGAGAAGGAACAUCUGCGUCGCGAAGAGCUUGCAAAGUUGGAUGAGGAGCAUCGCAAGGCUCGCGAAAAGGAACUGGAAGAAAUGAAGAAGAAACACCAAGAACAUCCAAACAUUCAUCAUCCGGGAAGCAAGGCCCAGCUUGAAGAUGUAUGGGAGAAGACCGACAAACUGGAACCAGAAGAUUUCAACCCCAAGACGUUCUUUAAAAUGCAUGAUUUGGAUGGCAAUGGAUACCUAGACCAGGAUGAAGUGGAAGCACUCUUCCAGAAGGAGUUGGAUCAGGUGUAUGAUCCUAACAGGCCCGAAGACGACAUGCGAGAACGUUACGAGGAGAUGGCACGCAUGCGUGAACACGUGUUCUCGGAGAUUGACCUUGACAAAGAUCGCCUCAUCAGCCAGGAGGAGUUUAUGAAGUACACAAAGUCAAAUGAGUUCGAGAAGGAUGAGGGGUGGAAGACUGUUGAUGAGCAGCAGAACUUCACAGAGGAAGAGUAUCAGCGUUAUGAACAGAUGUUACGAGAACAUGAAGAACGCAUGAGGUCCCAGGGCUUCAACCCAAACCAGCCAGGCAUGAUUCCAGUAGGACAGGACCCUAAUGUUCAGCACAUGCAGAUACCACUAGGAGGUCAAGGAAUGCACCCCCAAGGCCAGCAGUUUAAUCAGCAACAGCAGCAAUUUAACCAGCAGCAGCAGUUCCAACGACAGCAACAGUUCCAGGGAGGUCAAGGUUAUCCCCAAGGGGGACCGCCCGGUGGAUUUCAGGGUGGGGCACCACCAGGUCACGUGCCCAUGCAGGGUGGGCCUCCAGCAAUGAACCAAGGUCAAAUGGGUCAGAUGAAUAUGGGCCAAGGUCAGAUGAAUAUGGGCCAAGGUCAGAUGAAUAUGGGCCAAGGUCAAAUGAAUAUGGGCCAAGGUCAGAUGAAUAUGGGCCAAGGUCCGGUACCCAUGGGUCAAGGGCAGGUGCAUAUGGGCCAAGGUCAGAUGCAAGGUCAAGUGCCAAUUGGUCAAGCACAAGUUAAGGCAGAAGUUCAUGGGGGUCAACAGCCCCCUGUCCAAGGUCAAGGUGACCAACAUGGAAAGCCUGCUGAAAAUGCUCAAGUUCAACAUUUAAAUACUGACAAUGCCGCAAAACCAGCAGAAAAUCAUCAAGGUGAAAAUACAAAUUUGAAUACUGACCAAGGUCAAGGUCAAAAUGUUGUGCAUGAUAAUUCUAAAAUAGUGCUUGACAAUACAAAUGUUGGUAUGCAUGCAAAUGUUGAUGUGCAGAAGGUAGAUACUAACAAUUUACAAGGUGAAAAAGUAGCGGUUCCUGAAGGGAACCAAGAGAAGGUCGUGCAUGAAGGCCAACAUGAAGUGGGUGGUCAGCCACCCAACCAGCAGGUCCAAGGUCAGCAGGCUGCAGGUCAAGAUACCCUCAAAUUUCAAGGUCACGGAGGACAACAGCCAAUGGCUUAACACCUGGUCAUGAAGACACAUGUUACCUAUGGUGGUCUUUGCACUCUUUUAAAAUACAUGUUAACAGAUAUGUUAAAUAUUUCUUGUGACAUUUUCUAUUACAGAGAUCUGUUAAUUAUUUAACUUUUAUGCUGGCUUUGAUACAUAUUAAAAAUAUUAAACAUAGUUAACAUUCUGUCUGGUGUUGGGUGAUAUUACAAAAAAUGUACUUCGAAAUUGAGAAAAAUGUAUAUUAAAUUUGAUGCUCAAUCAUUUUAAAAGGUAAUAGUGAUUAUGGUUUGGUAAUUUCGGUCUUUUUUGUUAAAAUAAUAUAGACAUUUUGUCUAUUUUUUUAAAGAAAAUAUGUUAACAGAUUAAUCUUGAUGUAUACAAAUAGGUAUUUAUAAAGUUUUAUAAACCUUAAAAUAUGGAACAAUAACUUUACAAAGAUUGUUCUUUAUAAGUCAGUCAGAUAGCAUUUUCUUAUUUUUUCGUGUCAAAUUGUCACCAUAAAUAAGUGCUUUGUUAUGUGUUCUUGGUAUAGCAAAACAUGCUGUCCUAAUAUUCUAUGCUGUUUUUGCAAUCAAAUUUUCAGUACCACAAAACUCAGAGACUAAAAAUGCGUCUGGAAGAUAGCAAUAUUAACUCAUUGGAAAAAGCAUGGAUCUUUAAGUAUGCUUGUAUUUAAAUCUGAUUAUUCACUUUAAAAGGCAUGAAUUAGACGAAAAAUGCUACCUAUAAAAGUAACCAAUCAAAUGAUUUUUAUUGCAUGAACAAAAUAAGAUUUUGGCUUCAGGUGUCUAUUUUAUGCUCUUAUUUUCUAGUCAUCAUUUUUUGCAGAAGAUUUUUUAGCUUUCUUAUCUUCAUACAUUUUAAAUGUCAAUUCCUAAAAUAAAAAAAAUAAAAAAACAACAACAACUAAGCAAAAAUUAUUUCUCUUGAACAUUCUACGAAUCAAAAUUAAAAAGUAUCGCAACGAAAGCUGGUAAAAAAAUAACGAUUUGGUAACAAUUUGUCAUACAUUGCUUAAUAUAUUUUUACAGCGUACUGUACAGCAUAUGUUUCUUUGGCUUCAAACAUGCUUCAAACACAAAAAUACGUUGUUUAAAAUAAAGUAAUCAUCAAGUCAUUUACUUUUGUUGGACUGGGUCUUAAUAUAUUUGUUCUUUAAAUUGCUUUACCUUUGUUAUUAUGCCCCCCUUCGAAGAAGAGGGGGUAUAUUGUUUUGCACAUGUCGGUCGGUCCGUCCACCAAAUGGUUUCCGGAUGAUAACUCAAGAACGCUAAGGCCUAGGAUCAUGACACUUCAUAGGUACAUUGAUCAUGACUGGCAGAUGACCCCUAUUGAUUUUCAGGUCACUAGGUCAAAGGUCAAGGUCACUGUGACUAGACACAGUAAAAUGGUUUGCGGAUGAUAACUCAAGAACGCUUAGGCCUAGGAUCAUGAAACUUCAUAGGUACAUGUACAUUGAUCAUGACUGGCAGAUGGCCCCUAUUAAUUUUCACGUCACUAGGUUAAAGGUCAAGGUCACAGUGACUUGAAACAGUAAAAUGGUUACUCGAUGAUAACUCAAGACACUUAGGCCUAGGAUCAUUAAACUUCAUAGGUACAUUGAUCAUGACUGGCAGAUGCACCCCUAUUGAUUUUCAGGACUCUAGGUCAAAGUUCAAGGUCACAGUGACCUGAAGCCACUACAACUUACAGCCCAUUUGGGGGGCAUGCGUGUUUUACAAACAGCCCUUGUAAAAAAACAUUCCAGGAGCAGUAUUAAGUAUGCAUUUGUAUUGACUAAGUAAGCUCUCCUUUAGUCUGUGAAUGAACAAAUUAGUUUUUUGAAACAAGAUACCUUACUACUUAAUGAUACCUGCAUUGUGUCUUCACAUUUUUAUGUUAUUUUCAAUAUUGAGGAAAAAUGUAUGAAUCUUGAAAUAAAUAAGUAUGUUUAUAACUUUUAUAAUAUGAUUUUUGCCUUGCUAUUUAUUGUUAAUUUUUUUAUAUAAAAAUGUUAUUCAGAUUCAGAGUAUGUGUAUUUCAGACAUAAAAAUGUCUUAUAGUCUCAAAGUGUAAUAAUGUAAUAUUUACAUGCAUUUUUUUCCUGUAGUUGAUAGCAUGAUUGUUUUUAUUGUCCCCUACCGGUGAAACUGGAGGGGACUUGUGGUUUGCGCUCUGUGUGUCAGUCAGUCAGUCUGUCCGUCACACUUUUCAGGAUCCUGCGAUAACUUUAAAUGUUCUUCAUAUUUUUUCAUGAAACUUGAAACAUGGAUAGAUGGCAAUAUGGAGAUUGUGCACGUCAUUUCAUUUUGUUCCUACGUCGAAAAUUCUGGUUGCUAUGGCAACAAUUUUUUUUUUUUAUUCUGACAAUGGAGUUUCACUGGUAAGGGGACCAUAUUGCUUGACAAUAGUCUUGUUAUUUCUGUCUUGUAAAUACUCCUGGAGUGUGUUUGUGAAUAUUAGUCCCCAUUGAUUGUUCAGAUAAGAAUCUGCUGUAACUACCUAUAGUUUCCAUAUCAAUGACAAUAUAGUUUCAUUCCCUAUUUGAGCCCCGCUUUGUGAAAAGUGUCGUCCCAGAUUAGCCUGUGCAGUCCACACAGGUUAAUCAGGGACGACACUUUCCGCCUUAAUUUGAUUUUUGCUAAGAAGAGACUUUUAAACAAAAAAUAUCAUAAAAGUGGAAAGUAUCAUCCCUGAUUAGCCUGUGCAGACAACACUUUAUGCACAUUAAUUUAACCCCUUUUUCACACAGCACGGCCCUUUUUUCCAAUAUAAUUCAAAUUAAAAGACUUCUUAUGCUAGCCAUGAAAUAUUAUUUUUAGCAAUUAAAUUUGUUAAAUAAUUACAAAAAGCAUCUACCUUGAUAAAGGUUUAUUGUCAUGUAAAUAUGAUAUGAUGUUUACUCCCCUUUCUUAUAAAUACUUGCAUAAUUAUUAUUCUAUGCCACAGACCUUUUACCUACAAUACGUGCUGUUUAUUUUUCUGAAUUUGCUUUCAGUAAAAUAUAUGUUUCAAAAGCUUACUUUUUUUGACUUUCAGUUUACGUUGAAUUUUAAGUGUUGUAAAACAAGAUAUCUAGGACAUAAUAAAAAUAUUUACUAUGUUUUAUUAUAUUUCACUAUUUUUGUGUUUUUUUCACUCACUUAUGAGGCUGUUUAUUUACCACCACUAGCACUUUUUCAUCUUCAUUAAUUUCAGAACUUGUUCACGUCCUUUUGAUUGAGUCAUAUAUUAUAAUGAGUGAUAUAGUUCUAAUUUGAAAAAAACACAUGUUAAAAUUUUGUAUAAAGGUUAAUUGAUUAUACAACUUCAACAUCAAUUUCACAAAUAGAAAAAGAUCAAUGACAAAUGUACAUGUAGAAAACGUUUAUUGAUAUUGCUUUGUUUGAAAAAUUAAUAUUUAAAUGAAAGGAAAUAAUUUUACUCAUAAAUGGUGGAACAUUUACUUACACUGUGUACUCAUUACGAUAUUGUAGUGCCUUUAAAAUACUAGUAAAUGAAAGUAUUACAUUAGCACACAUAUUUUAAUGAUCUAGUCUAGUUAGAGAUUUCAAUUCUUCUUUGUUAGGGCAAAGCCGUUUAAUACAAGAGAUAUAAGGUGCAUUUUAAAAACAAAAUAAUGUGAAGAAAAUUUUAUUGGAUGUAAUUAUUACAAUUUUGUUGAAAAAUAAAUAUUUUGAAGUGAAA